AAAAUGUAAGCAAAAGGCUGUGUGGCUGUGUACACGCGUGUAUUGUAGUGCGUGGAAGUAGCUAGAAAGCGUGCAAGUGUUUCCUCCUUUUUGUUGUUCGUUCGGGGCGGGAAAGUUUGUCCCCCCGCACACACACACAUCGUUCGGUCAUAAAGAAAAGUUUCCGUUUCGUGUGCUCCGAAGUGUGCCAUUUUCCCUCCGGUCAGUGCUGUGGGUCGACUGUUGCAACAUACCCACCACCCACCAGUUGGAUGCACAGCCUUGAAUGUUCUGUGUCGGAUGCUGCAACAGGCUGAACGAAAAAUAUCUCCUCGUAGGCAGUGGAUUUGCAUCAUCGAACUCCUCUGAAUGCCAACACUACUCCGGUCCACCGAACCAACGAACCGAAGGGGAGGGGGAACUGCAAACGAUGCACCCGCGGGGGUGCGGUGAAGGGUUAUGGUUUUUUGUUGAAUUUUAGAUAAGAUAGCCCAGCAAGUAGUCUUCUAUCGCCAGCAGCACCCUCCACCUCAGCCAAGAUGGGAUUCGAGUACGAACUGCUGCAGCAGCAAGACUCGUCCGAACGCACACAGCCACCGGCCGGCUCGAGGCGCAAGGGCGGCUCCAAGGGCGGCGGUGGACCGGGCGGCAGCAAUCUGCGCUUUUCCUUCAUCUGUCUCGUGGUCAGCGCGUCGCUGCUCAUCUUCCUGCUCGGCGCGUACACCGACUCGUUCCAUCCGAUCAUCGACGGCAUUGCGGGCCGGCUCGGGUACCAUGAGAAAAUCUACGCCGUCGUGAUCGAUGCCGGCUCGACCGGGAGCCGCGUGCUGGCGUUCGAGUUUCACCACGGCACCCUGGAUGGGCGGCUCGUGCUAGACUACGAGCUGUUCGAGCAGUCAAAACCGGGCCUGUCGGCGUUUGCCGGUCGGCCCGAGGAAGGGGCGGCCAGCAUCGGCAAACUACUCGACCUUGCCAAGCGCGUGGUGCCGGAGGCGAAGCUGUCCCAGACACCGCUGGUGUUGAAAGCGACGGCCGGGCUGCGAUUGCUCCCGCCUGCGCAAGCGGAAGCACUGCUCGCUGCCUGCCGCGAGCUGUUCAAAUCGUCCGGCUUUCUGGUGAACGCGCAGGCGGUGGAGAUCAUGGACGGUACGGACGAGGGCAUCUUUUCCUGGUUCACGGUCAACUUCCUGCUCGGCAAGCUGACCGGGCGCAACACGGUGGCGGCGCUGGAUCUCGGCGGUGGCAGCACGCAGGUUACGUUUGCGCCGCGCGACGUCUCGCAGACGCCCCUGUACAAGGACUACAUGCACCGGGUGCCCACGUUCAGCUCGUACGUGGAGGUGUUCACGAACAGCUAUCUCGGGGCGGGGCUGCACGCGAUACGGCACGCGGUGUUUACGCACCGGGCGGGCGAAAACCAGACCAAGCUGUCGAGCGAGUGCGUCAAUCCGAUCAUCCACGAGAAGCUGUUCCGGUACGGGACGGGCCAGUACUACAUUAGCGGGAAGGACAAUCCGAAGGCGACGGCGGAGAACCCCGUGGUCGACUACGAGCUGUGUGCGUCGAUCGUAAAGCAGAAGCUGCUGCCGACGCUCAAGCCGAAGCCGGUCACGCUGAAGCAGCACGAAAUAUCGGCCUUUAGCUACUUCUUUGAUCGUGCGAUCGAGACGGGGCUUGUUGACCCCAUGCAGGGUGGCGAGACGACGGUGGGCGAGUUUGUGAGCAAAUCGCGCGAGGUUUGCGCGGAAGCGAACGCAGACCAACCGUUCAUGUGUGUGGAUUUGGUCUUCAUCUCGACGCUGCUUGAAGAGGGUUACGGACUGAAGGCAAAAACGCCCCUGAAGCUGUAUAAAAAGAUUGACGGACACGAAAUAUCGUGGGCAUUGGGCUGUGCGUACAACAUUUUGACGAGUCGCGAAAAUGCGAUGAAACAUAAGUAGGGUUAUAAGGCGACGAUGGGUAUGGUAGGAAAGCGAGGGUUCCAAAACUAGCAUUGGAAUCAACUGACGACGCUGAUGCAGUCCAACAUCAGUGGAGAAGAUGCAAUCAGGUGGUAACGCCACAACCGUUACCAACCCCUCUUCGAAUCCAAAAGAGAGCGUUUAGGGGGAAACGCAGAACGCCAACGAAGCAAUCGGGUGCGGUUUAUUAACCGUUCUUCGAAUCACUCUAAGAGAAAAGGAGGUCAGAAUGGCAGACAGAGAGAGAGAGAGAGAGAGAGAGAGAGAGAGAGAGAGAGGAAUUUAGAGCAAAAAUGGGAUAUUACUGUAACUAUAUUUUAUUGCUACCCCUAUACAGGUCGUUAUUAUUGAACAUUUUCCACCGAGUUCGCUACGCGAGAUAGAUUGAGAGAGAUAAAGGUAGCAGGAGAAAAAAGGUACAGGGUGACAAAGGAAAAGGGAUGUUUUGAAAAAGGCAUUUGGACGAAACGAAAGGCAACGAUCGGUUCCACAUCCCUACCGAGUUUUACUUUUCCAGCAGAAACACCCGUUUUUCACUCCCUUUACUCUCAAUGACAAGUUUUACAACAAAAAAAAAAAACACCUCCGAAUCACGUUUUCUACACAACGCAAGCAACAGUAAACGAAAAAAAAACAACCGAUCCCGCCACAUUGUAAACAUAGUGAAUUUUCAAAAGACAGAACUAUAUUCUAAUAUGUUAGUAAAAACUGGAGGAAUUAAAUAGAAGAAAAAAAGCACAAUCCAUUUGCCAAAAACAUGGGAUGAUGGUGGUCGGAAGAAUGGUACAGUUUUUGGUGUCUCUUUACAAGGAAUCGAAAGGAAACGAAAGGAAAGAGAGAAAGGAACCGCGAAGAGUGUGGUUUUUAAAAUCGAAAAGAAAACAGCAAACAGACGCUUUUUACAACAAAACUAAACAAAAAAGAACCGUAACUAUAUCCAAGAUGUGCCUUUUUUCUAGUAAAAUUGUUCGUAUAAGUGAGUGCGUGCGUGAAGUGAAAAGCACGCUAGAGAAAGGAAAAAGAUUAAGUAAGUGUUAGAGGAAAGCAUUCCUAAUGCAAGCACAGAUAUCAUUAUACAGGGUUUUCGAGGAGUUCUCAUAGCUGUGAGACACGGAAUGGACUCUUUCUUUCGUGAAAUGAACUUAAUAUAAUGGGAAUUGGACUCUAUAGCAACCUUGGUGGACAAAUCCAAUAGGAAUAUGAUGUUCACUUCCCCAUUAGAAAGAAUCAAGAGAAGUGUCGCACAACUAUGAGAAACCCUCUGGAAAACCCAGUAAAUCACAAGCAUCAGUGACAAGUUUAGUAUAGGAGUUCACCAAAUCACCAACGAUCGUAAUUCCGUAGCCAUCGACACAUAAAAAGAGAGACAAGAAACACACUAAAUAGACAUACAACCAUUAAACAGCAACAUGAAACAGACCUGUACAGUGUGUGAGUAGCGUACAGUAAGAGAUAGAAAAAGUGGGAAAAACAGAUAGUAGAAUCAUAGCAAAAGCAAUGCACGCGCCUAGCCGUGCUUAGAACAAAAAACGUGUUUAGUCUGCACCAACAACCUUUACCGUUUUGCACCUCCCCCCCCCUCCCUUUUGCACCCCGAACUCUCCCCCACAUGCCACACGGCACACGAUUUUUUUUUGUGGCAAACUUGUGAAUCAGCCCGGUGUGUGUGUGUGUGUAUUUUAGCUUCCCUUCCCUUUUGAGAUUGUGCGUUUUUACCUUUAAUAUCCGUGAUUAGUUGUUGAUGUUGUUGUUUGCUGUUGAUGUUUGAGGCAAGGAGAAAAGGAAUAGAAAGAGCCCCCUCCCUGUUUGUAGUUUGCUAAUAGUGUAGAGUGAUCGUAUAAGCACAAUGUACUGUGAGCAGCACAUCCGCAUAUAUGUGUGUGUGUGUGUAGAGUGUGUCGUAGCCAUCCCUUGACUCCCAUUUACAUUCCCAUCGGUUCAUCUCAUUCCCUUUCGUCAAAGCUCACGUCUCUGUCCCUGUCCUUAUGAGUUUAAACGCACAUUACGCUAACGGCACUGUCGUAGAUCAUUCAUGGCAACAAAGGCACCGACACUUAUGUGGUUUAAAAAAAAAAAAUCAUUAACACAAAUUAAGAAAGAAGGAGGAAAUGCUUUCUGUAUUGCAAUAACGGACGAUCACUACAAGUGAGACAAACGGUGUAUAAGGAUCAUAUCGAGAGAGGAAUUUAUCUGAUGUGGCAAAGGAAAACAAAAGAGGAAAAAAAACAAUCAAUUUGCACCAAUAGAGAAGCUUUCUAUUUACAGAGUUUUGUUUGUUUUGUUUUUUAUUCACCUUCUUUAUGAUUUUCUUCCAUCCGAGGACACUCCGAUGCAUCUAUCCGCUACUACUAAUAGAAAAAAUAAAACCUCAGGACGGUGUGAUACCAAUGAA